AUGGGGCUGCAUGACGUCAAGGCUGUGCGCACUGCAAUCGUGCCACAAGACGAGGCGGGAUUUGUCACGAGUGGACAGACCCUCUCCGUCGUGGACGAGUGGGCGUGGGACUCAUCUUCAAACGGUAACGGCUUCCCCAGUCGGGCCUGUGUGGAAGACAAGGUUGCCGGAAAACCCACUGCUCCAGGGCCUCUGAUUGAGCCAGUCCGACAUGGAGGAACAGAGGACGCCUUAUUUAUGCACUACUUGGAUCGAGUAUUCCACAUCCAGUACCCAUUUUACCUCUCCCGCAACCCGCGAGGAAGAGGUUGCCUAUUCUCGAUUUUAAGGAUGGUCAAGCCCGCUUACCUUGCAACUCUGGCCCUCAGUGAACGAGACCUUCUCUCCACCCACCCGCAAGCGGGCGAUGUCACAGCCAGCCUGACUCAAUUACGCUCCAAGGGUGGGUACUACGAUCUGGCAGCUCAGGGAACACAGCGCUUGCUACAAGAAUCGCAUACAUGGAAUGAAAGUGCUCAUAUGGUUCACAAUAUUGAGAGUCUCGCGUCCAUCCUUCAGCUCUUGUUCUGGGAGCUCUUUGCCGGCGGCAGAGGGAAUUGGCAGGUCCUCCUUCGUGAAGCCGCUCGCCUGAUUCCCGGCCUUCUCGAGGCGCGAACAACUCUGACCAAACCGAACCUGGCAGGUUCCAACUGUACAAACCUUCCACACCAUAUAGAGACACACUCUCUCGACGAUCAUUGUGCGACUGGUGUCUUGCUUGGCUCCUUUAUAUCGCUUGAUAUCAUCGCCUCCGCCUCCACUCGGCGGCCCCCCUUUCUCAAUAUUGACCACGCACAGGCGCUGCGUAAUCCCUGCAUAUCAUUGGAAAGUAUUAUGGGCUGUAGCAACUCAGUCAUGGCCCUUAUCUUUGAGAUCUCUUCGCUGGACAGGUGGAAGGAGGAGUCGCAGGCGGUCCGCAAGCUAAGCAUUAUCGAUCUGGCGGAGCGUGGCCGCCACAUCGAGGAGCGCCUUCGGCAAGAACUUGUGGAUAUGGACACUUUGCCGGAAACCGGCCCAUCGUUGUUAAAUCGCUCAGGAGUACUCUCCGCCCCAGCCAACCCCGAGGUUAACAGGCUUUUCACGCUCUCAGCACUCAUCUAUCUCCAUGUAGUUAUCUCCGGGGCACACCCAGAGCUGCCGGAGAUCGCGGAUGCGGUCUCACAAGCCAUAGCUGUUUUCAAGGGCCUGUGGGACCCAAGACUGCUAAAAAGCGUAUUAGUGUGGCCGUUUUGCGUGUCUGGCUGCCUAGCCCUGGGCGAACAGCAGAACUUCUUUCGCGACCUUUUCUCAGCGGCAGAGAUUACAGAAUCGACGGUUGGUACGUGUUUUGAGGCAUAUAAAAUCAUGGAGAAAUGCUGGGAAGCCAGAAAGUCAGGCCCCUUUAAUUGCGACUGGGUCUCAAUAAUGAAACAGGGGGGUUAUUAUGUUUUGCUCAGAUAG